AGCACGCGUACCAAGUCGCGCACAUUGUGCUACCGGAACCUUAGAGAGGGUCCCGAGCCAUAAUGACAGUUUGAAAUUAACAGCGAUUUGGAGGAAGGACAUACAAUUCUGUGAAACUGUGCACAUUUGGGAUUUGUAUUUACUGUGGUGUUGCUUGUUGUUCGUGUAUUUGAGUUGUUUGCAGUGUUGAUACUUCGCCGGAACUCGCACACCAGUGUCCAAAAUGGCGGAAGACUCUUUUGCUGGAUUAAGCGCGCAGGAGUUGCGAUACCUGGCCAUAGACAGAAAUAUAGUCAAUGAUCCAUCUCUACAAGCGGAGUGGUCAGCGAAAAAGUUAGUAUGGAUCCCCGACGAGGCACAUGGAUUCGUGGCAUCUGUUGUAAAAUCAGAAAAAGGAGACCAGUUCGAAGUAGUGGUGGAAGAAACAGGAAAAAAAUCGCUCGUCCACAGAGAUGAUGUUCAAAAAAUGAACCCACCAAAAUUUAAUAAAGUUGAAGACAUGGCCGAAUUGACGUGUCUUAACGAAGCAUCUGUUCUUCACAAUUUGAAGGACAGGUAUUACUCAGGCUUGAUAUAUACAUACUCUGGACUUUUUUGUGUGGUUGUGAAUCCAUAUAAAAAACUGCCAAUCUAUACUGACAAAGUGAUAGAAUUGUACAAAGGGAAGAAGAGACAUGAAGUGCCCCCCCACGUUUUUGCUAUUGCUGACACAGCAUACAGGAGUAUGCUCCAAGACCGCGAAGACCAGUCUAUUCUCUGCACUGGUGAAUCUGGAGCUGGUAAGACCGAAAACACAAAGAAAGUGAUCCAGUAUUUGGCGUAUGUUGCUGCAUCCAACCGUACCCAAAGGAGCUCCGUGUCCAACCUACAUGUGCCGAACAAAGAGUUCAACCUUGGGGAACUUGAGAACCAACUGCUGCAGGCUAACCCCAUCCUCGAGGCUUUCGGCAAUGCCAAGACCAUCAAGAAUGACAACUCUUCUCGAUUUGGUAAAUUCAUCAGAAUCAACUUUGAUUCUUCUGGUUACAUAUCAGGUGCCAACAUUGAAACAUACCUGCUGGAAAAGUCAAGAGCUGUGCGACAAGCUGAGAAUGAGAGGAGCUUCCAUAUGUUCUACCAGUACCUCAAUGCAGCCACGCCUCAACAGAGGAAGGAGUUUCUGCUGGAGGACAUCAGGAACUACACUUACCUCACAAACGGCCACAUGCCCGUCGGCGGCAUUGACGAUGUCUUGGAGUUCCGCAGCACAGUUGAAGCCAUGACCAUUAUGGGCAUCAACGCAGAUGACCAGUCAGCCGUUUUCCGAGUGGUGUCUGCUGUGCUGCUGUUCGGCAACAUGCGGUUCAAGGCAGAGCGGAACUCCGACCAAGCCACCUUGCCAGACAACACCGUUGCUCAGAAGGCCUGCCAUCUCCUUGGUCUGCCCGUGACGGCAAUCACUCAAGCAUUCCUCAAACCCAAGAUCAAGGUCGGCAGGGACUCUGUAACCAAGGCCCAGACAAAAGCACAGGUUGAGUUUGCAGUGGAGGCCAUUUCCAAGGCAUUGUAUGAGAGAAUGUUCAAGUGGAUCGUCUCGCGCAUCAACCGAUCGCUGGACAGAACAAAGAGACAGGGUGCUAGCUUUAUUGGUAUCUUGGACAUUGCUGGUUUCGAAAUCUUCAAGAUGAAUUCCUUUGAACAACUGUGCAUCAACUACACUAAUGAGAAGCUGCAGCAGUUGUUCAACCACACCAUGUUCAUCUUGGAGCAGGAAGAAUACCAGAGAGAAGGCAUUGAAUGGAAGUUCAUCGACUUUGGUCUUGAUCUUCAACCCACAAUUGACCUUCUGGAGAAGCCGAUGGGUAUUCUCGCUCUUCUGGAUGAAGAGUGUUGGUUCCCGAAGGCCACAGACAAGACAUUUGUUGAGAAACUGACGGCCCAACACACUGGUCACCCCAAGUUCCACAAACCUGACUUCAGGGCAGAUGCUGACUUCUCCCUUGUCCACUACGCCGGCAGAGUUGAUUACCAGGCUGCUAAUUGGCUUCUCAAGAACAUGGACCCUCUCAAUGAAAAUGUGGUAUCAUUGAUGCAGGCUUCCUCGGAUAACUUCGUAGCAUCAAUCUGGAAAGAUGCUGAGAUUGUGGGGAUGGGAGCAGCUGCAGCUGUGGACACGAUGUUCGGGUCCCGCACACGCAAGGGCAUGUUCCGUACGGUUGGCCAGCUGUACAAGGAGCAGCUCGCCAAACUCAUGGCCACCCUCAGAAACACCAACCCCAACUUUGUCAGAUGUAUCAUUCCCAACCAUGAGAAGAAGGCUGGUAAGAUAGACUCUCCCCUAGUGCUGGAGCAGCUGAGAUGCAAUGGUGUCUUGGAGGGCAUCCGAAUCUGCCGCCAAGGUUUCCCCAACAGAAUCCUCUUCCAGGAGUUCCGACAGAGAUAUGAGAUCCUCACACCCAAUGCCAUCCCCCGAGGAUUCAUGGACGGCAAAAAGGCUGUAGAGAAAAUGAUCAGUGCCUUGGAGUUGGACGGCAACUUGUUCCGCGUUGGUCAGAGCAAGAUCUUCUUCCGUGCUGGAGUGUUGGCCCACCUGGAGGAGGAGAGAGACCUCAAGCUCACCGACAUCAUCAUCCAGUUCCAGUCCCUUGCCAGGGGACUGUUGGCCAGAAGAAACCACAUGAGGCGUCUGCAACAGAUCAAUGCUAUCCGUGUGAUCCAGAGGAACUGUGCUGCUUACCUGAAACUGAGGAACUGGCAGUGGUGGAGACUCUUCACUAAGGUGAAGCCGCUGCUGCAGGUGACCGGGCAGGAGGAGAAGCAAAAGGUGGUCGAGGAGGAGCUGAAGAAGGUCAAGGACAGUUUCGAUAAACAGAAGCAGGAUUACGAUGAAGUCGAGCGUCGCUAUGCACAAAUCAUCGAGGAGAAAAACAUCCUGGCUGAACAGUUGGAGGCUGAGAGCGCUAUCUGUCAAGAGGCUGAGGAGGCUCGUGCUCGACUUGCUGCUCGGAAACAAGAGCUGGAGGAUGUCUUGCAUGAUAUGGAGCUGCGCAUUGAAGAGGAGGAAGAUCGCUGCAAUGCCCUAUUGGAUGAGAAGAAGAAGUACAGCCAAACAAUAGGGGAUCUAGAAGAACAGCUGGAGGAGGAGGAACAGGCUCGGCAGAAACUGCAGUUGGAGAGAGUGACAAAUGAUUCCAAGAUGAAGAAGAUAGAGGAGGACAUGGCAGUAGCUGAGGACAUGAAUCAGAAACUGCUGAAGGAGCGCAAACAGAUGGAAGAGCGUAUGAAUGAUGUCCAGGGACAAAUGGUGGAAGAGGAGGAGAAGGCAAAGCAGCUGGGCAAGCUAAAGAACAAGUAUGAGGCCAUCAUUGCCGACCUUGAGGAACGACUCCGCAAGGAGCAGCAGGCUCGCCAGGAGCUGGAGAAGAUCAGGCGCAGACUGGAGUCGGAGCUGAAUGACCUGCGUGACCAGCUGAACGAGAAGAGGCAGCAGGUUGAGGAUUUGCAGACCCAGCUCAGCAGACGCGAGGAGGAAGUGCAGCAGGCCCUUCAAAAAACUGAUGAGGAGUCUAUAGCCAGGUCGAACAUGAACAAGCAGAUCCGAGAAUUUCAGAACCAGAUUCAGGAACUGCAGGAGGACUUGGACUCGGAGAAGGAGAGCAGGAAUAAGGCAGAGAAACAGAAGAGGGACCUUAAUGAGGAAUUGGAGGCUCUGAAGACGGAGUUUGAGGCCGAGUUGGACAGCACAGCUGCUGCUGUGGAGCUGAGAACCAAGCGUGAGACUGAGAUCAAGGACUUGAAGAAGUUAUUAGACUUGUCUCAGCGUCAGCAUGAGGAGAGCAUCCAGGACAUGAGGCACAAGUACCAACAGCAGAUGGAGAACCUCAGCGAAGAGAUCGAGACAGUCAGGAAGGGCAAGAACGUGAUGGAGAAGAACAAGACGACCCUGGAGGCCGAGAACCAGGACCUGGCUAAUGACCUGAAGCAGGUCCAGAUGGCCAAGCAGGAGUCGGAGCGAAAGCGGAAGCAGGCCGAGCAGCAGCUGCAGGAGGCCUCCAUUAAGCUGCAGGAGCUGGAUCAGGGCCGAGGCGAGACUGUUGAGAAGGUGACGAAGCUGGCCACCGAACUGGACACCACCAGCCAGCAGCUGGAGCAAGCGGAGACUAAGGCUAUGCAGUUGGGCUCCAAGGUGUCCAGUCUCGACACCCAGUUGGCUGAUGCUCAGGAUCUAAUGCAAGAGGAGACUCGUCAAAAGCUGUCUGCCCAAUCUAAGUUGCGUCAGGCUAAUGAUGAGAUCAACCAACUCGGAGACAGACUUGAGGAGGAGGAGGAAUCUAAGAAGAAUCUGGAGAGGCAGAUAGUGGAAGCUAAUAAUAGGAUGGUUGAAAUGAAGAAGAAGUUUGAUAAUGACACUGCGAAUGCUGAGGCUAUGGAGGAAUUGAGAAAGAAGGCCACUCGUGAUAUGGAUGCUCUUCAGGCCCAGCUCGAUGAGACUCGCACACAGAACGAGAGGCUGGACAAGUCCCGCAAGAAGCUGCAGGCUGAGGUCGAGGACCUGACAAUUGAGCGUGACAGUCAGAGGUCCACAACCAGUCAGAUGGAGAAGAAACAGCGCAAGUUCGACCAGAUGCUCAAUGAAGAGAAGGCCAUCUCAGAAAGGCUUGCCGCCGAGCGUGAUGGCAUCGAGCGCGAGAGUCGGGAGAAGGAGACAAGGAUCCUGAACCUGAACCGGGAUCUGGAGGAGUUGAGAGAGAGGCUGGAGUCUUCCGACCGGCAGAAACAACAACAGGCCAGGGAGCUUGACGAUCUCAUGUCCUCCAAGGAUGACGUUGGCAAAAAUGUGCAUGACCUGGAGAAGGCACGACGCCAGCUGGAGCAGCAGGUGGAUGAGCAGAAGACGCAGAUUGAGGAACUGGAGGAUGAGCUGCAGCUCUCUGAGGACGCCAAGCUCCGUCUCGAGGUCAACAUGCAGGCCCUCAGAGCUCAGUAUGACCGCGACAUGCAGGGACGGGAUGACCUGGUCGAUGACGCCAAGAAGUCAAUUCUUAAGCAGUUGCGAGAAAUGGAAGCAGAAUUGGAAGAUGAACGCAAACAGAGAUCCCUUGCUACGAGUGCUCGCAACAAGCUGAUGGCUGACCUAAAAGAUCUUGAAGGUCAGCUGGAGAUGUCCAACAAGGUGAAGGACGAUGCAGUGAAGCAGUACAAACGGGCCCAGUCUCAGUCCAAGGAAUACCUGCGUGAGCUGGAUGAGCUGCGGAUAUCCAGGGAGGAGAUGGCUAACAGCUUUAAGGACAAUGAGAGGAAGAUAAAGAACCUAGAGGCAGAGCUGCUGAAGGUGCAGGAGGAGUUGUCCAUGGCUGAGAGGGCCAGGAGGAAUGCGGAGGGAGAGCGUGAUGAACUCGCAGACGAACUCACAACACUUGCAAGUGGAAAGAAUGCAUUCCUUGAUGAGAAGCGUCGCCUGGAGGCUCGUAUCAGUGAGUUGGAGGACGAGCUGGAGGAUGAACACGGCAACACAGAGAUCAUGACAGACAAGGCCAGGAAGGCAACUAUUCAGAUGGAGCAGAUGAGUGCUGAUUUGUCAGCUGAGAAGACACUUUCCCUGAAGUUGGAGAACCAGAAGUCUGCCCUGGAGAGGCAGAACAAGGAUAUGAGAGACAAGCUAGCAGAACUGGAGGGGCAGAACCGAUCUAGAACCAAAGCUACUAUAGCUGCCCUUGAGAGCAAGAUUGUCAAUCUGGAAGAGCAGCUCGAAAUCGAAGCCAAGGAACGUGCAACAUUGUCAAGAGCGAGUCGGAAACUGGAGAAAAAGCUGAAGGAGUUGGUGUUGCAGGCUGAGGACGAGAGGAGACAUGCUGACCAGUAUAAGGAACAGCUUGACAAGGUGAACAACCGAGUGAAGGCCUUGAAGCGACAGUUGGACGAAACUGAGGAGGAGGUUGCACGUCUCAACUCUCAGAAACGUAAACUACAGAGAGAUAUCGAUGAGCAAAUGGAACAAAAUGAAGUGGCAUCUCGAGAAAUCUCACAGUUAAGAAAAUUCAGUCUAAAAUGUGUUUGCGAAGCCAAGAAGAAGUGAAAGGCCCUCAUCUCGAAGCACGACGACGGCCCGCCAGGUUAUUCAAUCAAUCAAGACUCAGGCAGCCGAGGAAGAAGAUGACGAUGAAUCAGAGCAGAAUCAGUCUGAAACCUGAGCUGACUCGUAUCCCAUGCAUAGUAUAUAUGAAUAUAUAUCCUAACUGUGCUGGUUUCUAAGCCACCAGCCAUUCCAAUAGUUGUCCAUAUUAUGCAUUAUAUUAACUAUUGUAUCUAUCUCUAAUUGAUAUAACGUGACAUUACCAUCAUUUACUGCUUUAAUAAUCAAGUUUAUCUUUUGAAUUGUCCAUUAUGCUUAUGUUAUGAUGCUGUUAUUUUCUGUCUGUACGUUUGAUGAUGAUCAACUGAGAUUUUGUUUACAAUGGAAAAGAACCAAUGAACUAAAGGCUGUCUAAGUAGGACUGAAUGUUUACGUUUUGGAGACAGCACAUGCAGACAUGGGCAUAUUUAGAUUGAGCUGUAAUGUGGUAAUGAUUGUAAAUUUCACACUUUAAUCAGAAUUGUAUUAUAGUAUGGAGAAAUUGAUUGAAAUGGGUUUCUGUUAUGGAUAUGUUGGCAUUUGAGGGAUAUCAAAUAGACGUUGUCAAAGCAUUGUUUAGACAUCGAGGAACGAGUUUAAUCAGUCGUCAUGUUGGCUUGCUAGAGUAGUUUCCAUCAGUAGCAUAGCAAUAAAUCCUCUUUUCUUUUGUUGCUCACUGAAUCUGCUCGACUACGUUGGACUGAGUGACAACUCAUGAAACAUCAAGUUUGUCUUUUUGGGGGGUCAUAUUUCCAAACACAAAUUACCAAUAUUUGAGUGGUAUGUGUCAAUAUGAGUCGACAUGGUUUUAAAUGCAUGAAAGCUCCAUUUUGUCAUUUUUGACGUGUUGUACCGUCGUAUAUUUCCAAGAAAAGAUUCCAGCUUACCAACAGUGGGUUUUUGUUGUUUCUCCCCACAACCUUCUCUCUUGGAACCAGUGAUGAAAUCAGUGUACUUAGUUAAUGUUUACCCCCAGACUGAAGAUACAGGCUUGUGUUUGCAUGAGCAUGGUGCGUCUAUGUAGCAGUGUCUGUUGCCUGAGAUAUAGAGAAGCAUUAAUGUGCUUGAUAUGAAUCAGAUUGUGUACUUAGACCCAAGAAAGUUGUUUUCCAUGUGACUGAUAAGUUUGCUCACUAAAAUAGUGAACUUAUUUCUGAUCUUAAUAAGUAAAUCCACCAAAUUUUGGGAUUUGAUAUAUGGGCUUUGCUUGCAACUAUUACAUUUCACUUUACGUUUAGGGAUGCAGUCUUUGUUUCACUGUUUUGUUUUGGUACAAUGCUAUUUAUCAUAUCACCGUUUGUACAUUUCCAUGCAGACUUUAUGUGACAAUUUGAUACAAGCCAUAAUCUUGACUGAACAAUCCUAUGGGACAGCUAGCCACCUCAAAAUCACAACUUAUAAAUCAUGACACACACAAUCGAAGAGCAAUAGUUCUCAUCACAGAUUGAGAAACAUCAGUAUUUGAUAUUAACUUAAAAAUUGAAGUAUUGAGGUAUGUAAAACCACUAAUGUUGAUGAGGUUAUUCUAUUUUAAAAUGUUGGGUUCUCUGCAUCAGUUGUUAUCCCUAACUGUACUUUGAGCUGACCUCUGAAAGAAAGUUAAUAUUCUAUUUUUAAGAUGUUGAGUGAAAGGUUGCUAAGCAUUUGAUGUGCAUCCUUAGUUUCAAUAUAAGAUUACUAAUGUAAGAAUGGUUAUUUUAUUAACAUGGCGUGUCAACUGGCUAUCAGAACAGCGAUAGGAGGAUCUGGCAAUGGUUAGUCUUGUGCAGUGCUUGAAUAAUGUGUAAAUAACGUUUCUAUGUUUAAUUGGUCACUAACAUGUGAACAGAUUUUAGAUGAAUAUUUUUGUACAUUCUACGCAAUCGUUUGACACCAUUUUUUUCAGUGAAACACGCCUCUGCUGCCUUUGUUGUUUAGGACAUAAUUAGGCCAAACAUAGAAAAUUUGUAAAAGUAUUGUUGUAACGAAAUUACUAAACAUUUCUACCAAUGGGAACAAAUGAUGUAUUAUAGCUGACUGCCACCGCAGCAAUGGUGGUAGGAAGGAGCAGGUGCUCUUUUGAGUAUGCUGUUUUCAAGGGAUCAAAAUUCUUUUAUUAAGUGUUUCUAUUGAGCCAGUCAGCAGUUGAUUGCAUUUAAUCUCAGUGAUAUAUCAUGUUAUGUACCUGUUUCCACACGGAUUUGAUAAGAUUGCUUGGCAUUGAAUACUAUCAUGAUGUAUGCUUGGCUGAUACACAAAAAAAAUCUUAAAUAAAAUAACUAUGGAAAAUG